GAACAGAGACCAUGUCAAUAAAACUGGUCAAUCUAAUUGGGUUUCCUCAUUUGAUUUUGACUCUUCCGCCUCCCCUUUGGUUUCAUAAUUAUAAAUACUAACCCCCAACUAACGUAUCUAAACACCAAAACCAAACAACUAUUUCCUCAUCAACCCCACUGUCCUAAACACAAAAAAGCAAACAUUACAUUACGUAUAGAAGAAAAAAAGCUUAAACUAAAACCCUUCAUGGCUUCCAUACAAACCUCAACCCUACUUUCUCAUACUUCCAUGUCUUCAAAGAAAAUACAUGCCGCAAUCCACGUUCCAAAGAAACUCUCAAGAGUGGAUGUUUCAGCCCCAAAGUUACGCACCAUAAAGCAGGCAGAGGAAUUAAAACCCAAAGACACAAGUCUAAUGUUAGAAAAGAAGAGUUUCAACAGCACAAUAUCACAUGAUAUUGGUGAACAACAGCAUUCUACAAACCCUAACGCGCUUAUUCAACUCUACGCAAUCUUGGAAGCUGUAGCUGAUAGAGUUGAAAUGCACGACAACAUUGGCGAGCAACGUGACAACUGGAACACGUUGCUCUUCAACUCCAUCAACAUGAUUACACUCACUGCCACAACCAUGGCUGGUGUUGCAGCCACGUGCGGUGCAGGUGCACCUCUUUUGGCUCUGAAGCUAUCUUCUGCUCUUUUGUUUUCAGCAGCCACGGGGAUGUCACUCAUCAUGAACAAGAUCCAACCCUCUCAACUCACGGAGGAACAGCGCAACGCUUCUAGGUUGUUUAGGAACCUUCAGAGCGAAAUAGAAACCACACUUGCACUCGGGAAUAACCCUACGGAGGAAGAUGUGAAGGGUGCAAUGGAGAAGGUUUUGGCGCUCGACAAGGCUUUCCCACUUCCCUUGUUGGGAGCAAUGCUUGAGAAAUUCCCUAAGAAGUUUGAGCCAGCUGUGUGGUGGCCUUCUAAACCCUACGAGGGAAAAGGAAAGUCAGAGAGUGCUGUGCAUCUGAAGGAGGUAAACACCGGAGAGACUUACCCUUGGACUCCAACACAGAGAAUGGGAAAGAUGAAUGGAUGGAGUGAAGAACUAGAAAUGGAACUGAGGGAGGUUGUUGAAGUGGUGAAGAGAAAAGACAGUGAGGACUAUGAGAGGCUUGGAAACAUGGUUUUGAAGGUAAACAAGACUUUGGCCAUUGCAGGGCCUUUGCUCACAGGAAUUGCAGCUGCAGGAACUGCAUUUAUAGGCAAUAAUGGUUCUUGGGGAGCAUUGGUGCCUCUCAUGGCUGGGUCAUUGGCUUCAGCAGUUAACAGCUUUGAGCAUGGAGGGCAAGUAGGCAUGGUUUUUGAAAUGUACAGAGCCUCUGGGGGAUUCUUCAAGAUGUUGGAAACUUCUCUUGAAUCAACUUUGGAAGAGGAAGAUUUGGAGAGAAGGGAAAAUGGGGAACUCUUUGAAAUGAAGAUGGCUUUGAAGUUGGGAAGGAGUGUGUCACAACUGAGGGAACUUGCUUCUAAAUCAACUUCGUAUCGCAUGGAAGGAGUUCUUGACAUAGACGAAUUUGCCAGCAAACUUUUCUGAGAAGAAUUACAUUUGUUGAAUACGUGUUCUUUCAUUCUUUUUGUGCAGUUUUACUUGAUAUAGAAAAGGAACUUAGUUAUUACGUACACUUGUUUAUGAGAACUAGGAUCGAAGUGUUUUGGUCUUC